GCCGGCCCGCUGCUGGCGUCGGGGAGGCUCCUCCUGGAAAACCGCAAGGAGAAGUGCAUCUCCUCCGCGUAAUUAUUAGUCACUCUUCACUCUUUUUCCGUCGCCUUUCCGCGCUGUAACGUUUAAUUCGGGGUCGGUGGGAGGUAGGCUGGCUCUUCUCUCCGGGGUAUAAAAACUUAGAGACACACCAUGGAGCUCUGCUGGAUGUUAACGGACUCUAUCUCCGUGCUGGAAGCCGGGCAGCAGCCGUUGUUCACGCACAGCAGCUAACGUCUGCUUUUAUCCUCCUCCUCCUUCAUUCAACCACCCUUUCCCGUUUUAUUCCUCCCUUCUUCUUUUUUUAAUUUUUUUUUUUAACCCAGACGGCUCUCCUUCAGGAAGCUUUUUUUUUUCUCUGUAGUGUAGCUCUAAACUCCGUAGCCUUAUCUGAGCGGUAUCUCUGCUUCGAGGACACCAUGUUUAGGGUCAAGUAACCGUUGCUGCGUGAAGUUUUAACCGGUCUUUUUUAAUCAUGAAGUCUCCUCUGGCUCCUGGGGUCCGACUGAUCACCUCCUUUUCUCGGGACAGCUGGUAUCGCGGGUUUAUCCUCUUCCUCACAUUCCUCUUCUACACAGCCUACCACCUGUCCAGGAAGCCCAUCAGCAUCGUUAAGAGCCAGCUGCACAGGAACUGCUCUUUAGUCAUUCGCCCGGCUGACCUCAACAUAACCAACAAUGAGACCUGGUGUGACUGGUCGCCGUUUGACCAGGACAACUACCAGACCCUCUUUGGAGUCCUGGACAACUCCUUCCUCAUCGCCUACGCCAUCGGCAUGUUUUUCAGUGGGAUCUUUGGAGAGCGCCUUCCUCUGCGCUACUACCUCAGUUUUGGGAUGCUGAUGAGCGGAUUGUUCACAUGCCUGUUCGGCCUCGGCUUCUACUGGAACAUCCACUCCUUAGGGUACUACGCCUUCGUCCAGGUCAUGAACGGACUCAUGCAGACCACCGGCUGGCCAGCCGUGGUGGCUUGUGUCGGAAACUGGUUCGGAAAGGGGAAACGCGGGUUCAUCAUGGGUGUCUGGAACUCCCACACCUCUGUGGGAAACAUCCUGGGCUCCCUCAUCGCUGGAGUCUUCGUCUCCUCCGAGUGGGGAAUGUCCUUCAUCGUCCCAGGACUCAUCAUCGCCUGCACCGGCAUCCUGUGCUUCUUCUUCCUGGUUGAAAAGCCUGAAGAUGUGAACUGCUCUCCUCCUCAGCAUCACGUUGUGCAGGAGAACGGUGAGACCGAGGUGCAGGAGAACGGUGAGACCGAGCCGCUGCUGCGGAACGGGAACAGAAGCAUCAACGGCGCCGUAUCCACGGAGACUCCGCAGAUCGUAGAGGAGCACUCCGAGGCUAUAAGUUUCGUCGGGGCUCUCUGUAUACCUGGAGUGGUGGAGUUCUCUCUCUGUCUCAUGUUUGCCAAACUGGUCAGCUACACCUUCCUGUACUGGCUGCCUCUCUACAUCUCAAAUGUUGCACAUUUUGAAGCAAAGCAAGCGGGAGACAUGUCGACGUUAUUCGAUGCGGGAGGAAUCCUGGGGGGCAUCCUGGCCGGCCUGGUGUCUGACUUCACAGGAGGAAGAGCCUCAACCUGCUGUGUCAUGCUGAUUGCUGCUGCGCCAAUGCUCUUCGUCUAUAAUUACGUCGGACAACGGAGCCUCGGGAUCACAGUGGGUAUGCUGCUGCUGUGUGGCGGUCUGGUGAACGGACCUUACGCCCUGAUCACCACAGCUGUGUCUGCCGACCUGGGAACACACGAGAGUCUGAGAGGGAACUCCAGAGCUUUAUCGACAGUUACUGCAAUCAUUGACGGCACCGGAUCAAUAGGUGCAGCGUUGGGUCCUUUGUUCGCCGGUUUGAUCUCGCCCACCGGCUGGAACAACGUCUUCUACAUGCUCAUCUCCGCUGACAUCUUAGCCUGCCUGUUUUUGACCCGACUCGUCUUUAAGGAAAUUAAAGGCUGGUGUGGACGGAUCCCCCGAGCCAGAGGGUUUAAAGAAAUCUGAUCCAGUCACACAAUCAGAACAAGCUGAAGCGCAAACAUUCAGAGCGGGGAACCGUCACCGAACCCGACCUCACCUCACUGUACAGCCAAAGAAAACCAAGCCGGAAGAUUCAACUCAUUAAGCUGAUGAUUGAAGCUUUCUUUUUGUAUAACUACGAAAAAUGUCUCUAUGCUGAGACAUGUUUUAAUCACCUCAUUCUGAGUUGUUUUAAUACUCUUUUAUCAUGAACCUGUAUAUAUGUUUAAUUGUCUUAAUCUUGUUUUGGUUUCUCUGUCUCCUUGUGAGGAAUCUCUUGGGAAAUCCAAUGAACUCUAUCAGAGGACUCAGAUAUGCUGUAAAAAGGCUUUUUGCUGCUCAUUUCAUCUUGAAGUAUAAAAUUAUUUCAAAGAAUCAAA